UUAGAAAACGUGAAGAUGGCUGCCGUAAUCCGUUUAAAAAGGCGCUUAGAAGAUCAACCAUCAGAUACUUUAAUCUUAAACUGCAAACGAAGGAAAACCGAUGAAAAAGAGGAAAAUGAAAACGGUGAAUUAUCCACGAUUCUCAAAUUUGCAGGAACUUUUAACAAUCAGGAUGAUAUCUAUGCUCACUUGAAAAAACCAACAAAAACAGAACUAGAGGAACAAUUCAAGAAACAUAAUACAGACUUAAGUGCAAAGUUAAGAAACCAAAGACAACAAAACUCAAAAAAGAGCCGCUAUAAAGUUGUAAAUUGUUUACGUUCACAAACUUCUGAUGUUACGGAACCAGCAGAAGACCACAAGUCUGAAUAUACAAUAUAUGAUUUAGAAACAGAAACUAUAGAAGAUGAAAGUCAGCCAAGCAGUUCAGAUAGCAGUGCCAAAUAUGUUUAUGAUUUAUAUUAUACAACUUCGGAUGAUUUAGGCGACGCGUAUUUUGAAGAAUAUGUAAAUAAGAUAACUGUUAUAUAUUUGUGUAUUGUGAAUUGUAUUUUGAAUAAUUUUAGUAUGUAUCCGUAUAAUGACCAAUUCAUGUAUGGGUCAAUGAGAGAUAAUGGCGUAAAUGGAGCAGACAGUGAUGAUGACAGUGAAGAUUCAAAUGCAGAAAGUAAUUGGAGAAAUGACUAUCCAGAUGAGUCUGAUAUGGAAAGUAUCACUGAAGAUGAUAUGUUGCAAGCAAUGAAGCGCUGUGACAUAAGUGAUCUUUCCAGUGAUGAUGGAGAGGAAGGUUUUAUUUAUAGCGUUGAUAGUGAAUCAGCUGGAUUUGAAGAAGACAUAGAUGAUUCUGAUGUGCAGAGAUAUGGGGAAAGAUAUGCAAGGUUUAAAGCUCGCAAUAAAAAGGGGGUUGAAACUUGUGUUAUUAAUAAUGAGUUGUAUUAUGGAGAUAUUGAUGAGGAAGAAUAUUACUAUUAAACUGAA